UGUCCCACCAUGUACAUCUAUUGUAGAACAAUAAUAAUGCUCAGAAAAUUAUCAUUUACUCCACUCUUUAUGGGAAAAUGCUGACAGAAAAGGAGAAGGAGUUCGCCCGAGAAUUGCUUGAACGAAUUGAACUACGAGAUUUGAUAACUUUAACAGAUACGGUUACCAAUCGCGCUGUAUCCACUGAAAAUCGCAAAGAAGCUACAGAUGCAAUCCUACUCUAUUCAGUGAACGCAGCUCAGUUAUUGCGACGAAAGAAGGUGAAGAGAGAUCACUUGUAUCAGUACUUGGCAGAGAAAGGUCAUGUUGAGUCUGUAGCAGCUGAUAAAGCUCACUUAUGUAGGCGGGUAUUAAAGUUAUGGGGUAAUACUGAUGAGUUUGACAAAGAUGAUGAUGAUGAUUAUGGUGACUUCAAUGAUUCACCUGAGGUUGAUCCCCCAAAGACUAAACCAGUAGCUUCAAACCCAGGCAACAAAGGUGCUAUCACUGCAGUUGAUGGCCAGGCUCUUGCACAGCACUUUAUACCAUGGUUUUACAGCAUAUUAAAUUCACUACCUGGACAUGGUCACAAUGCUGACGAUCAAUGGGGUGACCACCAUUUCUGGAGUGACGCAAAAUGCAACAUAAUUAUGUUAUCAGAGCAACAUGUUCAGGAAGAGUGUCAAGGAUCUGAAGCUGUCAGCACAAAACUUGCACAAGUUGUUUCCAAUGAAAAAUUGUUUUUUAAUGUGAAUACUCCAAGUAUUAAGGGUGAUAUAAACAGUUAUGGUUUGGUAAGGAUUCUAGCUGGUGGUACUGUUCAUAGGUUUGACACAUGUUUGGGUAUAUUUGAACAAACUUUUGGUUUAAUACGAGAUCCUCAUGCUGACAACAACUGGAAAAUAAAAUUUACUAACUUAAGACUUAAAUCUCAAAGUCAGUUGCAAGGAAAUGAAAGACAGUCACUUGGUGCACCAGAUGCUGGGCCACUUUCCCUGAAACACUGAACAAGUUACCUUUACAACAGAAUAUUAUGAA